GCUGAUAGUUGACAAAUGAUUUGUGAUUACUCCAGGCUUUGUUCACGCAGCUGUAGUAGUAGUUAGUACGAAGCCAGGAGGAGUAUAGCUGAACGCAUGCAGGGGCGUUCCGCGUGACUUCUAUUUUACGUUUAUUUCCCGGUGACGUAAUGAUACUUGGGCCGCAUUGAAACCAAAGGAAUGCGACACAUCGUUAUCUUUUUAUUGUUUAGUUUCGGAUUAUUUAUGUCCCCCAUGUGUAAUUUUUAGUUUCAUGUCCGGUGCAUCCUGCAUCAGACGCCGUUUCACUGUAGAAGAAAAACUUGGUUUCAUGUCACUUUAGGGAGUCUCGCGCUGCUCUCCCAGCGCAAGCGAACUUGACGGGGUCUUUUCCUCUGUUGUGUCGCUCGUGGGUCUGAAAUGAUCUCAGAUGGAUUAUUGUUUCAUCGGUAGACGUCGAGGUCCUGAUGUUUCUUGGCCCCCACCAUGUUUACCAAGAAGAAGAAGUCUCGUAUCCAGAUCUCGGCUCCCUCCAACUUCGAGCACCGCGUUCACACCGACUUCGACGAACAGGAGCAGAAGUUUGUGGGGUUGCCGCGGCAAUGGCAGUCACUGAUCGAGGACACGGCGAAGCGACCAAAGCCCUUCAUCGACGUGAACAUCAUCACCACCGUAGAGCCCCGCAAGACCAUUGUGCGGGGCAGCAAGAUGGGGGUGGACGGCUCCCUCACCUGGCUGCUGGAUGAGUUUGACACCAUGUCCGUGACGCGCUCCAACUCCCUCCGCCGAGGAAGCCCCCCCACACAGCCUCGCAGAGGCUCCGCCUCCUCCGGGGGGGGCCACGAGAACGGAGACCCCCCCCUCCGCCCGCAAAUCCCGCACCCCGAUCGCCACGGAGACAGGGAUCGUCCCAGGCCCGACCACCAGGGGGCCGGAGACCCCCAGCGGCCCUCCCAGCGUGCCCCCCGCCCCCCCAGGGAGACGGAGGGCCGUCCACAGCAGCAGCCCCGUGGCCAGGAGCCCGGCAGGCCCCGAGGGGACCGACCUGGGGGCCCCCCGCCCCCGCCACACCGAGACCGAGAGCCCCGCGGCCCCAGGGAGCCUCAGGAGGAGGUGGUGCGCAGGGAGGGGCCCAGCGAGCGCAGACCCAAGUCCAGCUACGCAGGCAGGGAUGGGAGCCCCCAGUCCCCCCGGGAUAAGAGGCCCCUGUCGGGCCCCAACAUCCGCACCCCCAACCUCCCUGUGACCGAGGGUGUGGUGAAGGCGGCCCAGCAGACAGGACGGCCCUUCAACACCUACCCUCGCACCGACAGUGAAGGGGGGCGGAGCCCCACCAGCCAGGAGCUAAAACCCCCCCGACCUCACGAAGCCCCACCCCACAACGGCCCCAGCCCCCCACGCAGCAGAGCCCCACCCCCUCACCAUCCCCAUCACUCCUCUCACCCCACCCUGGCCCCCGAGCCCCCCCACGCCCCCAGGCCCCCCGGCCCGGCCCCGGCCCCUGGGCACCCACCCCAGCAGGCCCUCUCCCCCCACAGGGAGCCCCAGAGGGUGUCCCACGAGCAGUUCCGCGCGGCGCUGCAGAUGGUGGUGGACGCCGGUGACCCUCGCUCCUACCUGGACCACUACAUCAAGAUCGGAGAGGGCUCCACCGGGAUCGUCUGCAUCGCCACCGUCAAGACUACCGGCAAGUUGGUGGCCGUUAAGAAGAUGGACCUGCGCAAGCAGCAACGCAGAGAGCUGCUCUUCAACGAGGUGGUGAUUAUGCGGGACUAUCACCAUGACAACGUGGUGGAGAUGUACAACAGCUACCUGGUGGGAGACGAGCUCUGGGUCGUCAUGGAGUUCCUGGAGGGGGGGGCUCUGACCGACAUCGUCACACACACCAGGAUGAACGAGGAGCAGAUCGCCACUGUGUGUGUGUCGGUGCUGAAGGCUCUGUCAGUGCUGCACACCCAGGGGGUCAUCCACCGCGACAUCAAGAGUGACUCCAUCCUGCUCACACACGACGGCAGAGUGAAGCUGUCAGACUUUGGCUUCUGUGCCCAGGUGUCGAAGGAGGUCCAGAGGAGGAAGUCUCUGGUAGGAACACCCUACUGGAUGGCCCCCGAACUCAUCUCCCGCCUGCCCUACGGACCUGAGGUGGAUAUCUGGUCCCUGGGAGUGAUGGUGAUAGAGAUGGUGGAUGGGGAGCCCCCAUACUUUAACGAGCCCCCCCUGAAAGCCAUGAAGAUGAUCCGCGACAACCUGCCGCCUAAACUAAAGAACCUCCACAAGGUGUCUCCUCUCCUCAAGGGCUUCCUGGACAGGAUGUUGGUUCGAGACCCCGCCCAGCGGGCCACAGCCAGUGAGCUGCUGAAACACCCCUUCCUCAGCAAGUCUGGGCCUCCCUCCUGCAUCGUGCCCCUGAUGAGGCAGAACCGGAUGAGAUGAGGGCCUCCGCAGCCCUGGCCUCCGGGGGGCAGCGUAGCGGGGGCGCUGUGCUCCACGACCCCCUCCACUUAGGACUAGCACGGUGUAGCGUAUAGAGGGGGGAGGGGAGGACGGCUCGCUCCCUCUCAGCUUUUAAUCUGGUCAAUCCUGUUAGGUUUUUGUUUUUUUCACACGAGAGAACUCUCUGGAAAAAGAAAAGGAACUCGAUAUUUUACCCCUCUUUGUGUGGGGUUCACUUCCGGACACAAUUUUUGUGGAGGCGAGGGGUUUUAGGUGCCUCGGACUGAUGCUGGGAAAGGGCUCGGAGCUCGCCAGCUCAUUGGCUGUCUGAUGGGCGGGGCCACACUGUAAUCAUCCCUAUUGGACAGUCUGAAAACCCCAGCUUCCUCACUUCAGGACUACAAGUCCCAGACUCAACUAAUAAAACUACAAACAAGCUGGAACAUGCUACUACUGAAGGAGGACUCUGCUUUUCUCUCUAAGAUAUGAAUCAUAUGGAUCUUUUUAUAUGGAAACAAACACUAGGUUACCAACGGUUACACAGAAACACUAAGCAAAGGUUAACACUGGAGUUGUGUUUUUUUAUAGAUUAUUUUUCUUUUCUUUUUCCUGUGUAAGUAUGAUGAACAUAGAGAUAUAUAUCAGUUUGAAAUGUUGUAACUUCUCUAUUUUGCCAUUUUUAUGAUUUUGUUUUUCUGAUUACAGUAACGAUGAUUUUGUAACACUGUAAUGAGAUAGAAGCUGCACUCCGAUUGGUUCCCACACAGGAAAUAGAGUAGUUAAUUUGAAGAAACUUCUUUCCCCUGUGUGGUUUUAAAGCAUCAUGUGAAGUGACCGUAAAGGCAGAGUUUUAGCUGUGUUGUAGGAAGGUACAUUUGUUCUCUUGUGAUCAGCGAUGCAGGUUUCGCCCCCCCACUUCCUCAAUCCUUCGCUGCAGACUUGAACUGUUAAUCGGCCCAUAACACACAUGCACACAUUAGGACCUCUCCAAAUCUAAAGUAGCUUUCUAUUUCCAUUAAAUUCUCAGUUUCUUCAGAACAGCUGUGUGCGUGUGCGUGUGUGUGGUUCUGUGCGUGUGUGUGGUGAGGAGAUAGUGAAUGUAGCUGAGUCAUGGGCUGGCUGUUUAAAGGGCUUACUUAAUGUGACAAGAAGUCAAACCUCUCAGACACCCUGCAUGGGUUUGCAUAGUGUAGCAACCACCACACCCACGGGCCUAGAAACACACACUCACACACACUCACAACUUGCCAAACAUACUCAUCUGCUUCCUAGAGUUGGAUACAAAAGCUCAGUCAUCACAUUCCACACACACACACUGUCAUCCUACCGCGAUGCAGCCUACACACACACACACACACACACUGUCAUCCUACUGCGAUGCAGCCUACACACUGUCAUCCUACCGCGAUGCAGCCUACACACACACACACACUGUCAUCCUACCGCGAUGCAGCCUACACAUACACUUCCCUCUCCUCUGCUUUCCAGGGUUCCUCGCUGGUGACUCCAGAACGACAGGAGAACCAUACACUCCCCAGAGCAGAGGGGGGAACCCUGAUAGGAGAACCCUAGAUGUGAGCAGCACAUGGUCCACAGCUGCAUGUAGUGACCAAAGAUAGAGAGGCCUUAUCGUGACCUGCACAGCAGGAGGUGUGUGAUGGGAUGAGCACACAGAGACUGGUGAUAGAGACACUCACUGUUGGGGUAAACUGGCACCAGAUGUUGCCCUUGGUUGCUUGUCCUGUGGUCACCCCGAAAGCUUAUUUUUGUAGAACUCUACCGAAGUAUGAGGAAGGUGUGAUCUCUGACUGGUUUGGAGUUUUGAGUGUGAAGUCUUGUUUGACAAGAGUGUUGUAACUGCCAGUGCUACUAGUUCUUUGAUAAGUUGAUGCGUUGAAUACUUACUCUUGAUUGGUUGAUAUGUUGUAGACUGAGUCUUGAUUGGUUGAUGUCACCCACCCGUCAUGUAGCAGGGAAGUAGGACUUCAUACUGAUCCUCAGUUCUUCAGGAUGAACACUAGUGUGUGGAUGUGGCUGUGUGUAGGUCGUUGUGGAUGCAGUUCUCACCGUGUCUGACGGUGAGAGACUGGACGAGUACCAGGGUGAGUGAAGGGCCAGUUCACCGGAGCAUGGGAUGACUUCAUGGGGAGGGUUAUUCCAGGAUUAGGCUUCAAUCUGGUUCGAGAAACUGGCCUGUUAGUGUCACUGUUGUGGUUUUGUAAAGAAACUGGAUGAUUUGCUACUAGCAGAUUGUGUGUGUGUAUUUGUCCUACUCUAUCCAUGCUCAUCCAGAAUGAUAAUAAAAAGGGGGGUGGGAAAGUUGACUCAUAGAAAGACAAUCAAACGAGGGGUGGGUUAAAUAAUUCACUGUUUGAACACUAUAACACGGUCUGUAAAUGUUCUCUUCCAUGCUGUUUAUUACUGACACCCUUCUGUCAUUACACACAUUUUUCCAUCGUGUAUAUUUAACAUCACUUAACUAAUACCUCCAGAUGAAAGUUCAGCGCAAACUGUGUGAUUUAAUGAUUAUUUUGAUAAUCAAAUGCUGUAUAAACAUGAAUGCCAAAACAUUCUAGAAUAUCUCAAACCUAAUAGACUUAACAUUCCUAUGGAUGAAUCACAUUCUAGAUUCCUUACUUCCCAGUCGGUCGUUCCUCGUCCUCUGAACAUUCUAGAAUCCACCUCUUCCCUUCUCAGCGGUCAGUUUCUCUGACAUAGUCAUAGCUAUCGAUUAUUGCCAACGACCAAUAGUAGCUGUAGUCAACAACUGAUUCCGCUCGCGUCUGUGUGGGUAUGUGAAGACUGUUCGUGUGAUUUUGCAGCCAUGUAACUGUAUAUUUAUGAUAAUUAGUUAUUUGAAACGGAUCGGUUCCAGCAACACCCUCACAGAUGUGAACGCGACAUUCCUGUUGUUUUUAAAGUGUAUUGUUAUGUCAGGGUCUUGUGCAGAUUGAACACGGUUAGAUCCCUUGCUCGUUACACGUGUGAAUCGAAAUGCCUUAACGUUCUGACUGUUGAGCUGAUCAGUGUGAUUCCCCUCAGUGACAGUUAAUGAGCUGUCUAGAUAUUGAUCGUUGAUUGGUCUACAGACAUGCUUGUUCAAUAUGCCACAGAGGAAAAUACGCUGGUGGUUUCACUUUCAACCAAUUUAAUGUUUAACGUAUCUGCAGGGUUUACAAGGGGAUUAUUGGCUAGAGUCAGGAAGGCUUGUAGUCUUCACGGUUCAUAUCAGUUCAAAGGUCACACUGGUUUAGGUUCUGAGGCUUUUUCAAGCCCUCGUUCAGUCCGUCGUUUGAAAAGUCAGAACACUGACGCGCGGAAUUCUCCCCCGUCGUUCUAGAAUUCGGGGGCACGGAAUUCUGUAAAGUCAUUCUGUCCAGGAGUAGAAUGCUGCCAUGGGAUUGUGAUCAAAGGUGAAAUCUGUGGAGUAGUUAUUAAUCCACGGCUGUUGUUGAUUUAAUCCCGUCCUACACCGUCGAAUGGGAGGACGUUCGGUAGAAUGGUCACCCGUGUAGCGACACAGACCACAUAGGAGAGAUGGCCAACUCCUGCUUCUCAUCACGACACUGAGGAUGAUGAGGAUGAUGAUGAAGACUUGGUUUCAUGUGUGUGAUGACCUCCACCUUGACUGUUGUUUUCCAUUUCAUUCAUGCCUUUCUUCUGAUUCAGUUUCAAAGUGCGUCAGUUUUGUUGGUGAGUCAUCGUCCCAACAGCCCUGCAUUUUUCCCCAACUGUUAUUGUAAAGAUAAAAUAAGACUUUAUUCUGCAGAUUUACCAUGUUUUGCAAAUACAAUUUUAUUUCUUCUAAAA